AGACGUCAGUCAACCAUCAAGUCGUCGUGGCUUCAUAUUUUUCCUUGCAAACACGUUCAUAUCAGAAACUGCUUUACCUGUAUUUUAAAAGAUCAUUUUAUCCUUCAUAAAACAAACACCAACUUCUUGUGGAAAACCAAAAAGAGGUAGCUAUGGGGAUUCUGGGUUACUCCUUCUUGGUGCUUGGGGUCCUAUAUGCUGUUGCAGCACAGCCGAUUACAGACCAGAAAGAAGUUGAUGCAAUUAAGAAGAUAGUUGACCACUGGAAUUUAAGCAGCAAGGUGAACCUCAAUGAGCUGGACCCUUGCAACCGAACAGCAGCUUGGGCUUCAGAACAAGCUAAUCCCAGGAUUGCUUGUGACUGUUCUGCCACUAUCUGCCACAUUACCCACUUGAAAAUAUAUGCCUUAGAUAUCAUUGGUGAGAUUCCGAGAGAACUGUUUGCUCUUAAAGAACUCAUGGACCUAAAUUUGGGCCAGAAUGUAUUGAAUGGCUCUAUCCCAGCAGAGAUUGGGCAGUUAUCCAAGAUGCAAUACUUGAGUUUAGGCAUUAACAAUCUCACUGGUAAAGUUCCUCGCGAGCUGGGGAAUCUUAGUAAUUUGAUCUCCUUAAGUUUUGGCUCAAACAAUCUGCAUGGGUCCUUGCCGCCAGAACUGGGAAACAUCACAUCCUUAGAAGAGCUGUACAUUGAUAGCAGUGGAGUAACUGGAUCAAUUCCUCAAGAGCUGUCAAAGUUGAAAUCCCUCAAGAUAUUAUGGGCGUCAGACAAUCGCUUUACGGGGAAUCUUCCGGAUUUCAUUGGAAGUCUGAGAGACCUCACAGUCUUAAAACUGGAAGGAACACUAAUGGAAGGCCCCAUACCAAGGAGCUAUGGUGCACUAACGAAGCUCGAUGACCUGAGAAUUGGUGAUCUCAGUCAUACAGAUUCCUCUCUAAGUUUCACAGAAAACUUGACCAGUCUUUCUAUAUUAUCGUUGAGAAAUUGUGGAAUAUCUGGUCAACUACCAGAAUGGCUUAGCUCGUUUACAAACUUGAAAACCUUGGACUUGAGCUUCAACAAGUUGACAGGUGAAAUACCAAAGUCAUAUAAAGACUUUGCCUCAUUAGAGUACUUGUAUCUUGGAAGCAAUGAUUUGAGUGGAGAGCUACCCACAAACAUCACAAAUCCAAAACUUAUUGCCUUAGAUAUCUCAUUUAAUCUGAUUCAUGGAACUAUACCUGCCAAUAAGUUAGCUUCAUCAGUAAAUGCGGUGGGUACUAUGAUAACUGGCGAAAGGUCACUUGACAAUAGCCUUUGCUUGAUAAAAAAUGCAGUGUGCACUGAAAAAGCCUCAGCCUCUUCAUUUUCAAUCAAGUGUGGUGGAAAGCAAACAGUAUCAGUGUCUGGCACUAAAUUUGAUGAUGAUUCGGAGACACUCGGUCCAGCAUCAUUCUACAUGGGCUCGAAUGAGCACUGGUCUGUGAGCAGUUCUGGGAUAUUCAUCAACAACCCAAAUGGCCCGAUAUAUACGGCCCAGACAGAUUCUCAAAUCACAAACACUUUGGACUCCGAACUCUACAAAACAGCCAGGAUAUCUCCAACCUCAUUGAGGUAUUAUGGCCUUAGGUUAAAAAAUGGCACAUACAGUAUUGAUCUUCAUUUUUCUGAGAUACAAAUGGAUGACUCUCAAGACUCUUGGAAAGGCCUCGGAAGGCGCUUAUUUGACAUCUACAUUCAGGGGGAAAGAGUUGUUCAAGAUUUCAAUGUCAAAGAAGAGGCCCGGGGGUCAAAGAAGGCAUUGUUGAAGAAUUUCAGUGCAAAUGUGACCAACAAUGUACUGGACAUUCAUUUCUUCUGGGCUGGGAAGGGAACUUGUUGCAUUCCCUUCCAGAGCACUUUUGGCCCUAUAGUUUCAGCUAUUCAUGUUUCUCAAGUGUAGCAGCAAGAAACGUGUCGGAAAGAUUGUUGGGAUCAUGCUUGGAUCUGUAGUCACAUUGUUGGUGUUUUUUUCCGUUUUGUAUCUCUGGUGGGCAAAGCAAAAUAGUUAGUUAGGCCAAUAACAAGACCCUUGGGUUGUUAGCAACACAUUGGAAUCUUAGUGGGAGAAAGAUGGACCAUUGUAAUCUGUAACUGUUAUUUGAGCUUGGGUUUCUAGUCAAAUCAAUCAUCAUAUAUCUAUUGGUGGCAGAAUGGAAUAUUCUUAACUAAUAAAACAAGUUGAAA